AUGAGCAGCGAAGACGACCAUCCCCUCAUCGCGGGGCGCCCGCCCGCCAUGGACUACCUGACCUACCUCACUCUCAUCGAGCACAACCUCAACCCCGAAUUACUGCCCGUGUUACACAAGGUUCUGCAGGACCCCGAGCUGACGUCCAACAUCGGCUGGGACCUGGUGCAGCUCCUGCUGCCGCUGCUGCCCGCUUCCGAGGAAUGUUUGCAGGACAUCGCCCGCCUCGGCAACCCGCGCGAGGUCGUUCUCAAGGUCACCGAGGCCCUGCGCCUGAUUGACUUCGGCGCCAUCGAGCAAGAGGAAGACGAUGACGAGGCUCUUGCGCGCGCAGCGGACAACGCCAUCAUCUCCGAUGACGAGAGCGUGGCAGGCGAGUCUAGCGCAGAUCAUGCGACUUCAUCGAAGGAUCCUCUCCAGAUUAUGCAGUUCGAUGCACUGCUCUCCAUGCUGUCUGUGCUGCAUCCACGCAUCAGGACAAAGUAUCCCAGCCGUUUCCUCUCUACUUCUCUGCAGGCCGUGCUGAGCGCGUACGAUGAGGCUGGUCCCUAUGCAGGCCAGCUCACCCCUGCCGUCACCAAAUUCCUGAAGACUCUGUCUGGCACAAAACGACCACAUCUUCCGCCGAGAACGAGCAGUUUCUCAGUCGCAGGGUUGAAUCGUGUCGCACCAGCGCCUGAUCCGGAGGGCUCCAAAGAACUGCCAGCGCCAGCAGAGGAUGACCUUCAGAAGAGACUCCUGCAAUCGUUCCUUACGCACGUCUUGGAAGAUUACAUGAGCUCCUUCUCGUCAUUCGACGGUGUUCCUGCGCUUUCCUGGUCCAGUCGCGUCCAUGAAAAGUUGCAUCCCGAGCGCAACAUCCCGAACAAGAAGACUUUUGCAGAACGCUUCAACACCGAAGAGCCGCUCGUAGCGAGAACGGGAAUAGUUGGCCAACUCGCUGCACUCUCCGUCGAUCUGGAUAUCGACACUAACGAUCUUCUGGCCGCCAUCAAGGAUACCAAUCCCGAACCUACAGGACUACCCACGGAAGAAGAACCCCCUGCGGCAGCAGCAGAUAUUCCACUCGCAAAGACUGGUUCACUAUUCCUCUUCACAGCACGAAAGAUCGGGGAAGUCAUCUACGGGCUGCGAACCGAUGCUAAGGAUCUUCCACUUUUCCCGGACCACGCAACGGUCUUGCACAAUUUUGUUGGCCUUGAAACAGCGAUGGAUACUGGCCUUCACUCGGACGCUUUGGUGGACAGUCUGCUGACACUAGGCAUCCUGGCGGUUGAGAGGAACGAAAUUGGCGAACCGGCAGAAGACGAAGACUUCAUCAAGUACCUUCAAGUUACCUCUCUUUUGGCGGCAAACAACCCAUCGCCGACUCUCCGGUACCACGCACAUUACCUCACCACGACUGUGCUGCGCUCUCACCCGUCAGACCUUGUCCGCCUCACGUUCAUCCGCGAUACACUGGAACAUUGUCCCUACGAAAAUCUCAAAGCUACGGCGGUUGGCUGGAUGAAAGGAGAAACGAUUGAAGCAAACAUGGCCACCCUUAAAGCGGGACAGGAAGCAGCAUCGGCGUCGUCGAAAACACCCGGGCACUCGCGCACGACCUCAACGGCUACCGAUGGCGAUGAGUCUAUUUUCGCGACCCCUGUCGCGCUUGCCACGAUCGCUCCGUUCCUCUUCCCCGAAAUCACGCACGAUCUCUCCGGCCCAUCGAUUUCCGAAGCAUGGCAGAAAUUCAAGCUCGAUUUGUCGUUGUACCUGGCCACGCUUAACUUCUACUACCUCCUUCUUUCGGCAAAGCCGCUGCACACGGUUCUCGAUGUCCCAGGACUACACGAGGGCAAUGAUGUGGGCGGCAGCUACCUCUUUCCUCUAAGGCAAGCGGUCGGUUCUUUCAGGAAGUCCCUGGAGGGAGGUGAAUUGAAGAGCGAGGAGGGAGAUCAGGGUGCUUCGCUUGGCUUGGGGGAUCUGAACGUUUUAGAAGAUGUGUUGGAACGGGUGGAAAAUGGCGUCAAGACGCUUAAUGGUGUGUGA